AUGGCACCAACACCUAGCACCCCGUCACAAGGCACCGUCUUCACCACCUCAUCACUCAAGACCCCAGAGUAUGAUGUGAUCUUCAUCGGCUCUGGGUGGGCCGGCCGUGUGGCCGCUCAGCGAGUUGUGGCAGCAGGGCUCACAGCUCUCGUGAUCGAGAAAGAGCUCGUGGGCGGUGAUUGUCCAUUCUGGGCCUGCGUGCCUAGCAAAGCCCUCCUACGUCCUAGCGAAGCACUCGACGCCGCCUACUCGGUUGGUGGCGCGAAAGAGCAGAUAACCAGGCCCGCUGUCGAUGUCUCCGCCGUCUUCGCGCGACGUAAUGCCUUUACCAGAAAUUGGGAUGAUACGAAAUUGAUGCUACCAAUGACCUUGGGUUCUGGAGCCGAUGUAUUGCGCGGAAUAGCCAAAAUCGUGGGGGAGAAGAAAGUCACCGUGACAUCAGAGGGUACCGCCCCAAUAGAGCUCACUGCUCGCCAUGCUGUUGGCGUCUGCACAGGCAGUGUGCCCACUACGCCCAAUGUGCCUGGGUUGAAAGAAGCAAAACCCUGGGGCCCCAGAGAAGCCACAAGCGCCAGCACGGUCCCCUCUCACCUAGUAGUCAUCGGCGCCGGGGCUGUCGGCAUGGAAAUGGCAACUGCCUACACCUCUUUCGGCUCACAAGUCACGGUCAUAGUGCACGGCUCCGAGAUCCUCUCAAAGCUCGAUCCCAAAGCCGGCGCUCUAGUCCGCACAGCACUCGAAACUCGCGGGGUGAAAUUCCAUCUCAACACAACCCUCUCCCGCGUCGAACGCAAACCCGACGGCUCCAUCGACCUCACCAUCGCCGGUGGCUCCACCUUCACAGCCACCGAAAUCCUCGUCGCCGCGGGCCGCGCCCCAGCAACUACGAACCUUGGUCUCGAAGACUUCUCUGUACCCCCGGGUUUCCUAGCGGUCAACGACUCCAUGCUCGUGACCGCUCUUCCCAACAAUAAUUGGCUCUACGCAAUCGGCGAUGUAAAUGGUCGCUCACCUCUGACGCACAUGUGCAAGUACCAAGGGCGCAUCGCCGGCAACACUAUCGUCCACCUUGCCAAAGGUGAGUCCUUGCCCCAAAGAGCAGCAUGGGAUACAUUCUCCGCGACAGCGGAUCAUAAGGCGAUCCCACAGGUCGUCUUCACGCAGCCGGCUGUGACAAGUGUAGGGAUCACCAGAGCCGAGGCAGAAAAGCAAGGGAGGAAGGUGAGGGUUGUCGAGGCACCACUCGUCUCAGUGGGCGCGAUGUUGCAUGGGGAUGGGUAUGAAGAAGGAUGGGGACAAUGGGUAAUCGACGAGAACGAACGGGUAUUGGUUGGGAUGACAGUGGUGGGGAAAGAUGUUAGCGAAUUGAUACAUGCGGGUACGGUGGCUAUCGUGGGAGAGGUGAAGUUAGAGAGACUGGCGCAUACCGUUCCGUGCUUUCCCACUGUGAGUGAGGUGUAUUUGAACCUGGCAGAUGCGGCGGGGUUGUGA